UGUAUAUAUUUUGGCGCGACGGCAACGUUGCGUUUCAUUCAUUUGUGAAGUUUACUGUGGUGAAGUGUUGUGUUGUGUGUGAGGAUUUUAGUAGAAAUUUUAGAUUUUCUGCUGUUGGAUUGCAUUGUAUUUAUCUUUGGAUACCUAGAAUAAUUAAGUUAAGUGUAUACAAUGGGGAAAGAUUACUACAAAAUAUUAGGGAUCUCCAAAGGCGCGACAGACGACGAAAUCAAGAAGGCCUACCGAAAAUUGGCAUUGAAGUACCAUCCCGACAAGAAUAAAGCUGCAGGCGCGGAAGAGAGAUUCAAAGAAGUGGCUGAAGCUUACGAGGUGUUAUCAGACAAAAAGAAGAGGGAAAUCUAUGACACUCAUGGCGAAGAAGGUUUGAAAGGAGGAAUGGGCGGCCAGAACGGGCCAGGAGGCGGACAGUCGUACUCGUACACUUUCCAUGGUGAUCCGAGGGCGACUUUCGCGCAGUUCUUCGGCUCGGCGAGUCCUUUCCAGGCUUUCUUCGAUCUGAACGGUGGCGGUGGGGGCACGACGAUGUUCUUCGACCGCGACAUGGACGUCGAUAUGGAUCCUUUCGCGAACAUGGGCAUGGGUCAAGCGCGACAUGGCGGUCCAGGUGGCGCGUUCCGUAGCCAGAGUUUCAACAUUCAUGGGUCUCCAAAUAGGAAAGAAAAAUCUCAAGAUCCGCCCAUUGAACACGAUCUGUACGUGUCGCUCGAAGAUAUCGCGCGCGGAUGUGUUAAAAAGAUGAAGAUUUCGCGCCGCGUCAUGCAACCAGAUGGCACAUCUAAGAAAGAGGACAAAGUGCUGACCAUCCAUGUAAAACCUGGUUGGAAAGCCGGAACAAAGAUAACUUUCCAAAAAGAGGGAGAUCAAGGAAGGAAUAAGAUCCCUGCGGACAUUGUGUUCAUCAUCAGAGACAAGCCCCAUCCCCAGUUCAAGCGAGAGGGCAGCGACAUCAGAUACACAGCAAAAGUCUCGCUCAAACAGGCUCUCUGCGGCACAAUCAUCGAAGUUCCUACAAUGUCUGGUGAGAAGUUAACAGUGAACCUUCAGGGUGAAGUAGUCAAACCGCACACCGUGAAGAGGUUCCCCGGCUACGGGCUUCCGUUCCCCAAGGAACCAACGAGGAAGGGUGAUCUGCUGGUCGCCUUCGACAUCAAGUUCCCCGACCGUUUAAGUUCAGGAGUCAAGGAGAUACUAAUGGACACAUUACCUAAUUAAUUUACCAACUAAGACUGCCGAAUGCCUCAUUGAGAGACAUUUUUGAAUGAGUUUCUGUGAUUUUGUAAAAUCUAGGGUUUGUGGAAUUUAUUGCUUAAUUCUUUUAAAUUUUCUAAAAAUUCAAAGUGAGUCAAGGUCACUUUUACUCAUUUUGUACAGAAAGUUUGUGAAUUGAGUAAGAAAAAAGCAGAUCAAGUACAUUUUAGCAAAUCAGGCCAUACAUCAUUUGAUUUCAUCCAUGUUACAGAAACUCGUUGAUUUUAUGCUCAAUGAUAUGGGACAUUUCCGAUUUGUGUAGGAACUUUGUUUACUCAUGUUGCCUAGUGGCGUAUAGGACUGUGUGAAUGUUAGUCAAAUUGUUGUUUGAGCGAGUUUUCUGCGUUGUAGCAGGGAAUCGGUGAGGUUGUGUUUCGUAUUUAAUUUCUUUAAGUUGUAAAUAUUUUGUACCAUUAUGUAAAUAUUGAUUGACAGUGAUUGUAAGUUUUAAGUCUAGAAACUGGAACUUGGCAAUUGCACGGUUGUAAUCAAAAUUAGGUUUUAAAACAAUUUGACUAGAAUUUAUUUCUUUGUAGUUUUGAAUAUUGUAUUUAGUGAGAAGCAUUGUUUAAAACUUAGGACUUAUAAUUACUGUUCAAAAUGACUAAUAAACAAAAUGCAAAAAG